CUGUAUUUUUAUUAUCAGUCUCGUAAUCUUUUACUUUUAUUAUUUAAAUUUGUUGUAUAAUAUUAAUUAUUAUUUAAAAAUAUAGAUUAUGGGGUUCAAAAAUUGUUUUACUACUUAAUUAGUAGACAUGAGUAAAUUUUAAUUAAAUACCGUUUUUUUUUUUUUUUGAAUUGUAAUUGUAAAAUAGUAAAUAUAUAUUUUUCAAAAUGAGCAGCAGAGUGGUGAACGAAAGUAGCAUGUUCUACAUGGACUUUUGUCCAAACUGCUCAAAUAUUCUUCACUUGGAUGAAUGUAUGGGAGAAAUAAGACACAAAUGUCAAGUCUGUCCAUAUUUUUCGCCUAUCAAAAAUAUCAUGCUGGGAUCCCGAUCGUUCUACAAACUAAAAGUAAAAACUAUUCUCUGAGUAGUCGUACUUCAUUUUCUAUUUUUCAAAAUAAUUCCUCGCAUUAAUAUUUACAGGCCAAUAGCUUUUAUGAAAUAAUUAUAAGUAAUAAUUAUAUAUUUUAUGACUUGUAUAGAGCUGAAUUUUUCUUUGAAGUCAUUUUAUUACAAUCCUUUAUUAGAAAAAUAUAAUUAUUUACCUUUCAGUACUCCAUAUAUAUAUAUAUAUGGAAUUUUUAAUCUAAGUUGCCAUUUUAAAAUCUAAAAUAGGUAGUGGUUUUAUCCCAAAAAAUAACAUUAAUAUAAAAUCGUAGAGCUGCUUAUUUCUAAUAAAUUUUCUAUAAAUCAAAUAACAAAAAAAAGUUAAUACUUUUCAAGAUAAUAGUGCCCUACGAUAGAUUGAUCACUCUGUAUACAUAGGAAAAUUGGGUUGACCAUUUCAAAUUUGUUGUGAAAUAUUAAUCAAUGGUUUAUUUUUGGAUAUAAAUUAUAAUUUAUUGAUUUAAAUUAAUGUUCUUUCAGAUAUAAUGGAAUAUAUUGAAAUUCAAAAUUAUUGCGAGAUGCUUUGUUAAAUCAAAUAUUUAAUCAAUGUUUAAUAGUUAAAUAUUAAUAUUAUUUUAUAGUAUAUUGUUCAUAUAUUUAAUAGUAUUUUACCAUAGUAAUGUGUGUUUAGGAAAUUGAUUCCGUUUUGGGUGGGAAAGCUGCUUGGGAAAAUGUAGAUUCAAUUGAUAUCAUUUGUAAUUCAUGCAAUCACGGAAGAGCAUAUUUUCUACAAGUUCAAACUAGAUCAGCUGACGAGCCUAUGACAGUGUUCUAUAAAUGCUGUAACUGUGGAAACAGAUGGAGAGAAUAAAUAUGGAUAAAUAACAUAUUAUAUCAGAUUAAUUAAUUAUUUAUAGAUUUAAAUGUAUAUACUUAA